GGAAGUGUGUCCUCAUCUUGGAAAGUAGUUAAUAAAUUGUUGCAGAAAGUAUUUCCCCUUUAGGCUAUAGGGUGUGGGGGGCAUGAAUUGGAUCAUUAAUUGCCACAUAGGAACAUGAUUCAUACCUACACCACCCCCUUGGAGCUUCAUAUCGUGGUGUGCGUGAAUUAACCCACGAAUCCCACGACCCACUUUUUCAAUUUUCUAGGGUUGAAACAAUAAAUAUAUAAACAAUUUUUUUCCCUAUUUUCUAUUCUUCCAUCAUCCCCACCUAUCAAAACCCUAAACCCUUCGUACGACCACAAGAACAACAUCAGCAUAGCAAUACUAGCAAACCUUAACCCUCUUUUCUAUUGCUCCAACAAGACGACAAGCAACAGGAGCAACAACAAAAAGAUCAAGACGACAAGUAUACCAGUAGCAAAGAAAAAGAAGAAACAGGUUAUCCCACCACCAUGGCGUCACCAACUUCUUCCGACGAGAUCAACGAAUUUUUUUUGAACGUCGUGAUGGAAGCAACACAAAUAAUUAUAGAGGAGGAAGAAACCUCAUCCAAACGGAGAAAACGACAACAAUGUUUAAAUAGGGAUCGUGAAGGUGCCCAUGAUAGGUUGAUGGCCGAUUACUUUGCCAAAAACCCGGUAUACACGGAUGAAAUAUUUAGGCGUCGUUUCCGAAUGAGUCGUCGUCUUUUCUUACGUAUAGCCAACGAUUUGGCUAAUUACGACCCAUUUUUCACAUUAAGAUGGGAUGCUACAGGUAAAAGAGGAUUUACCACUUUACAAAAGUGUACGUCGGCAAUUCGCCAAUUGGCUUACGGUACAAGUAGCGACAUGUGGGAUGAAUAUUUGAAGAUGUCUGAUAGAACUUCACGAGAGAGUUUGUAUCACUUUUGCAAAGGGGUGGUCAAGCUAUACAGCACGAAGUACUUACGAAGGCCAACAAAGAAUGACAUCAUAAAGUUGUACCAGGCACACGAAAGUAAACAUGCUUUUCCUGGAAUGCUUGGUAGCAUAGAUUGUAUGCAUUGGCCUUGGCGUAAUUGCCCUAAUGCAUGGCGAGGUCAAUUUACUCGAGGUGAUCAUGGUCAUCCCACAUUAAUUCUUGAAGCCGUGGCAUCAAAUGAUCUUUGGGUUUGGCAUGCUUUCUUUGGUGUUCCUUGUUCGAAUAACGACAUUAACGUUCUUGGUCAGUCAGAUGUUUUUAAUGACAUCAUUAACGGUACGGGGCCUGAUUCUAGGUUUUCGGUUUCAGGAGUAGAAUACAAGCACGGGUAUUAUCUAGCCGAUGGAAUAUACCCAACAUACACAGCGAUUGUUAAAACUAUACCAUAUCCAGAAGAUGAAAAAAGAAAGAAAUUUGCAAAAUGUCAAGAAUCUGCUAGGAAAGAUGUUGAGCGUCUAUUUGGGGUUCUACAACAAAAAUGGCACAUAGUUGCAAACCCAGCACGAGCACUUGAACUCAAAACAUUGAGAUAUUGUAUGUAUGCUUGUAUCUUGCUACAUAACAUGAUUAUCGAAGACGAAGGUAACGCCAUAUGUGAAUAUGAUCCUAACGACAUUCAUGAGAAUGUUGUACCAGUUGAUGAAGGGCAACAAGAAUCUAACAUGUGGGCGUUAUACAACGAGACUACGCAUAACCAUCUUCGUUCGGAUUUGAUUGAACAUGUUUGGCAAUUUGGUCGGGUUAACAACAACGAAUAGUUUUCUUUUCUUAAUUUAUAAUAUGUAGCUUAAAUUUGGAUGUUAUUUUUUUUAUUAAUUUGAAUGCUAUGUAGUUUUAUUACUAAAAUAUAUUUAAUUUUAUUU